UCUUCGCCCUCGAGGACACACGAGACCCUUAUACAACCACCGUGGAUAUUUUUGCUGGGCGCCAAUUUUGUAACAGGAGAGGAGAAAAUGUAGCGGCCAGACCGGGAUUCGAACCCGGCACCUCGGAUGCUCUACCAAUUGAGCUACCUGUUCACCGAUGAUCGACCCAGUCCAGUCCCAUUAAAGUACAUCCAGCUUUUAGAGUUACGUUUGGUGUAAAAGUUAUUUUACCUGUAGCAUACAUUUGAUUAAAUAGUAUUAUUUUUACAUCACAAAUGCUCUGAUAUUUGUGUAGUUGGUGGAGAUGACGUUAUAUAUAUCAUGUAUCCCGAAGGAGUCGGAUAUCUGUAACCUGAGGAUUAUCACGGAUUAACAUUGUUGUGGUGUGUGAACUUCCGUCGAGGUUGGUCCUAUUUUUGACACCUGUCUCCUUUACCGUUAAUACUACCAUUUUAAAAUGAAUAAUCUUUUUGAUAUUACUGACUUUUUCGACUUAUUGAUUAUCGUAAUAUUUUCCCUGUCCAUUUUAUUUUCUAUAUUAAAUGACUACUUCCUGGUCCCUGGUCCUUUUUGUAUUUACUGUGAUGUUCUUAUCACUUCAUAAUGUGUUCAUCUAUUUAUGUUGUAUUUGAAUAGGUUUCCCUAGUUCGGUUGGAUAAUAAGACACCGAUCCGUUUUUCUAGACCAUUUUUGGACCGUUGCUUGGUUUGAUUCUGGUUUAAUUUGUAGAUUCUGACAAUUAAUAGGAAAUUAUCUUACCUCGUCUGGAGAUAAAAAAAAAAUCUCAAUAACUCUAGAACUGUUAUCUAUAUCGAUAUAGCAAUUGUUUGUUUAGGACUUUAUAAUCAUAGAAAAAAUAUCAAUUAGUCUUUUUCUGUCUGUCGAACCUAUAUUUAUAUUUUAGUUAUAUACUUUAUCAAGCUGUGCUCUGUUUUCCUAGUAAGUAUUAGCCUUGUAACAUCUGUUUCACAUGAAUCAUACAACGAUCGAUAUUUUGCAGUGCCGGGACGUCCACCGUUGUUCAUAGCCUGAUCAACACUAUAGCACAGAGGACGAGCGCGACCCAUAUAUACCGUGGGCAAUUUAGACCAAUUAGCUGACACCGGAGUGUUGUAUGUUGUUAAAUGUCAUAGCUGAAUAUAUCCAUGUAUGUACAGCUCCUUGUCGGCUAUAUCAACAUAAUUCACUGCAUUAUUUCACCUUAAUUGCAUUGUGGAAAGUAAGAAAAAGUUUUGAAAGUUUCCAGAUACUUUUUCAUCAUUUUUAUUUUAUUGAUGGCGACAAGAACACAGGCUAACUACUGUCCUGAAAACCACCGCAUCGUACGUCAUUUACAGGAAUCAUCAGAGGACGUGUGCUUCCUACAUCAAAUACAAAAUGGCGGAAUCGUAUGAAGAAUCACCUUACUAGGACUCGACUGCAGGUUCCAUGGGAGUAACACUGGAUUUUGAGCACGAUGAUCUUCGCCAGCAUAGCGGACGGCCAGAUACAUGAUUCAGAAAUACUUCGGCUAGAUGUAUGGGAUAAGCUUGCCAUCCUUGCCGCUGUAGGACUCUUCUUUGCCCUCGUAUUACUGUGUAUGGUCUGUGUGCUAUCUCCGUUUUGCUGGUUGUACAAGAUAUGCCCUUUCCAGUACGACAAAGAGUCACAAGUAUCACCAUACCCUGUGCCAGGAUACGGUGCAACCCAAUAUGACGUGACAAAGGAUAGACCUGUAAAGGGGAAGCGGCGUGGUCGUCUGGGGUCUAUCAAAGAGGACUACUCUUCUGAAUGGUCAGACUCGAGCGGGCCAACAAUCAUCGAGAUGACAAAGACCAGUGUCAGAAGUCCACCAUCUUUCCCGGACUCCAUGUUUACAGACCAGGCUCACGCCAUACUCAGAUCCGCUGACAUAGAAUUCUCUCUGAAGUACGAUAAAUUUGAGGGAAAAUUGUUUUUGAAAAUCAUACAGAUUAAGAACUUGUUUCUGCAAGACAUCAACGCUGUGAUAUCCCCGUAUGUACGGGCCAGAUUUUAUAGAGCACCCAAACAACUCUUCAGUUUCGGAAAAGAGUAUGUAAUAAACAACCUCGAUGUAGAGGUUCAAACUAAAAUGCAAAAGGCUAGUGAAAAUCCGGUUUUUAACGAGAAUUUCCAAUUGGUUGUGGACCAGAGGGAUUUGCCUCUAUACACUUUGCGACUUCAACUCUGUGACUUCGAUAAAUUCUCAAGACACAUCUUGCUUGGAGAAACCACUGUCAUCGUAAAAAAAUUAGAUCUUCCGGACGAAACGGAAGUAACGUAUACAGAAAGGAUGGAGCUUCCAGUCGAGGAGGACCUUGGAGAGAUAUGUCUUGGCAUGAACUAUCUGCCUACAGCCGAAAAGCUGUACCUGACGGUGGUUCGCGUCCGUGGUCUCAAAGCUAUGAAUAGAACAACCAAUACUACAGAUGCUUAUGUAAAGGUUGUACUGAUGCAUGAUGGACGACAACUGAAAAAAGUUAAGACCGUGGUUAAAAGAUCCGAUUUAAACCCGGAAUACGAUGAAACUUUCGCAUUCGAUGUACCAAGUCAGGAGCUCAACAAUGUUUACUUCUGUGCUGCUGUGAUCCACGCAAAUAAAGAACAGAGGCAACACAGACUCAUUGGCCGGAUGUAUUUGGGACCGAGUUUUAGCACAGAUGCACAUGCACACUGGGUUCAAAUGACGCAAAAUCAACGGAAACAAGUCACGUGUUGGCAUAAACUUCAUUGCUAAUUUCUCUAAAAACUAGGCGCGUAAAAAUAUGUCACAAAGUCAUUUGACCAAAACUACCAGAAUGUUUCAAAAUCAUCGUAGGAUAUGAUAAACAGUGUAUUCUGGAGGCUCAAGGAAAUACAGUUAAAGAACCAUCUUGCGUAAAUAAUGCUGUAUUCAUGAUAGUCCGUUUUCAAUCUUAUUAGCCUAGUAAAUUGUCUGGAGAUCAAGGAGAAUGGUAGCCUAGUUAAAUGUCUAUAUAUCAAUAUGAUUACUAGUCUUGUAAAUUAAAAGUGAAAGUUAUGACCUUAUUAUUGUAAAGAAACAUGGUUACUUUUAUUGAAAUUAUUUAGUAUAUUAUAUAAGUACAAAUUUUAAAUAAGACUAGUAUCAUAUUGAUAAAGACCUUAUAACAUCAUAAAAAUUCAAUAACACUCCGUUAUACAUGAGAGCUAUUUUUUAAUGUCUUUUGGUUGUGAUAUUUAGAUGUUGUGUAGAAACUGCGUUGAUUGCAAUGUAUUAUCAAGACAGAAUUCCAAUCCAUGAUUUAGUUGAUUUGUUGAUUUGUUGAUAUAUUUUAUUGGACAUUGUUGUACAGGAGGGCUGUAGUAUCUCUGCAUUAGAGGGCUGUAGUAUCUCUUUAUUAGAGGGCUAUAGUAUCUCUGUAUAAGAGGGCUGUAGCAUCUCUGUAUUAGAGGGCUGUAGUAUCUCUGUAUUAGAGGGCUGUAGUAUCUCUGUAUUAGAGUGCUGUAGUAUCUCUGUAUUAGAUGGCUGUAGUAUCUCUGUAUUAGAGGGCUGUAGUAUCUCUGUAUUAGAGGGCUGUAGUAUCUCUGUAUUAGAGGGAUGUAGUAUCUCUGUAUUAGAGGGCUGUAGUAUCUCUGUAUUAGAGUGUUGUAGUAUCUCUGUAUUAGAGUGCUGUAGUAUCUCUGUAUUAAAGUGCUGUAGUAUCUCUAUAUUAGAUGGCUGUAGUAUCUCUGUAUUAGAGGGCUGUAGUAUCUCUGUAUUAGAGUGCUGUAGUAUCUCUGUAUUAGAGGGCUGUAGUAUCUCUGUAUUAGAGGGCUGUAGUAUCACUGUAUUAGAGGGCUGUAGUAUCUCUGUAUUAGAGGGCUGUAGUAUCUCUGUAUUAGAGGGCUGUAGUAUCUCUGUAUUAGAGGGCUGUAGUAUCUCUGUAUAAGAGGGCUGUAGUAUCUCUGUAUUAGAGGGCUGUAGUAUCUCUGUAUUAGAGGGCUGUAGUAUCUCUGUAUUAGAUGGCUGUAGAAUCUCUGCAUUAGAUGGCUGUAGUAUCUCUGUAUUAGAGUGCUGUAGUAUCUCUGUAUUAGAGGGCUUUAGUAUCUCUGUAUUAGAGAUUUGUUGUUGUAGUUUCGAGUUACUAUGGUAGAUAUUUAUAUUGUAUAUAUAAAAUUAUUUAUAGAACUAUAUUAUUAUAAGGCAAAAAUAACAUCGGUACUCCUACAAUGUAUUUUGUGAUAAUAUAUUGUACUCAUAUAGGCGAAAAGGUAAAUACAAUAUGACGUAUUAUAAUACCAUUUUCACAAAUAAAUUUCUGUGUCUUACA